AUGAGGAACCUGCCGAUCCUCCUCCUCCUCUGCUGGAGCCUGGGGCGGGUGAAUGGUGUCCAUCCAGAAUGCAGAUUUCAGUUGGAGAUUCACAAGGAGGAAACAAGGUGCAUGGAACUUCUAAAGAAUGCAAAACCAGUGGACUACAAAGGAUGUGUUGGAGUUUGGGAUAACAUCACCUGUUGGCGUCCUGCAAAGAUUGGAGAGACUGUCACUGUCCCUUGCCCAAAAGUAUUUAGUCUUUUUUCUGGCAAACCAGGAAAUAUUAGCAAAAAUUGUACGAGUAAUGGAUGGUCAGAUAUUUUUCCUGACAUCUUAAGUACUUGUGGAUAUAAUGACUAUGAGGAUGAGUAUAAGGCCAACUUCUAUGUAAGGGUGAAGGCAAUUUAUACCCUUGGACACAGCGUAUCUCUGAUUGCUCUUACAACAGGAAGUAUAAUCCUUUGCCUUUUCAGAAAACUUCACUGUACUCGGAACUACAUCCAUCUGAACCUGUUCCUCUCCUUCAUUCUAAGAGCAAUCUCUGUUUUAGUCAAGGAUGAUAUUCUCUAUUCCAGCUCCAACACUGCUCCCUGUGAAGAGGAUCAAACCUCAUGGGUGGGCUGCAAGGCUAUUUUGGUGUUUUUUCAGUAUGGUGUUAUGGCAAACUUUUACUGGCUAUUAGUUGAAGGACUUUACCUCCACAUCCUCCUUGUGCUAAUAUUCUCCCCCAACAGACACUUUACAGUCUAUCUGCUCAUUGGAUGGGGAAUUCCUACCAUAUUCAUUAUUACAUGGACAGUGACACGGAUUAUUUUAGAGGACACUGGUUGCUGGGAUACAAAUGAGCAUGGUGGUCCCUGGUGGGUUAUACGAAUACCAAUUUUAAUUUCUAUUAUAUUGAAUUUUAUACUUUUCAUUAGUAUUAUAAGAAUCUUACUGCAGAAGUUAAGAUCUCCAGAUGUUGGAGGAAAUGACCAGUCACAGUACAAGAGACUUGCAAAAUCCACAUUGUUGCUUAUUCCAUUAUUUGGAGUUCACUACACAGUGUUUGCUCUGUUUCCUGACCACACUUCCAACACUUACAAAAUAAUCUUUGAGUUGUGUUUGGGAUCUUUUCAGGGAUUGAUUGUUGCAGUCCUGUAUUGUUUUUUGAACAGUGAGGUGCAAGGAGAACUGAAAAGAAAAUGGCGGAGUUUGUGCUGGAAGCAGACAGCAGGCAGAGAUUACAGACUCCACAGCUCUUCAAUUUCUCGAAAUGGAUCAGAAAGUGUUUCUCAGCUCCACCGGAAUUCAAGGGCUCAGUCAUUUAUGCAGACAGAGACCACCAUGAUCUAAGUCAGCUAUGUCCCCCAAAACAUACAAAAACUGUGGGAUAUAUCAUUUGUUAUAUGCAGCUUGAUGUGGUAUUUUCUAACAUGUAAAAUUUAGUGCUUUGCUUUUCUACAUGUUGGUAUUUGGGAAAUUAGUUAGUGCAGCCAACCAGGUAAUAACAGAAACACCUGCCCCAUGGAUGCUUCCUGCUUUUUUUUUUUUUUAACGACAUUCACAUUAAUUCUGAUGUUCUCUUGCCAUUUACUAGCCAUAACUAUUCAAAAACUCAUUUGUUGUAAUGGUCCCUUUCCCCUCCAACCAGUCUAUGAGAUAGGUGUGUGGGAUCCCGUUCAGUGCUGACUGCUUUGGUACAUGUUGAAAAUGUUAUGAUGGGAAGCAGGAAAAUUUCUUACAUUAUAUUUAUACUUCAGGUAGCAUUUAUUUCCUUAAGGACCAGGAAAUUCCUUCCUAAUUAUGGAAAACAAAAGAAAAAUGUAAGGCUAUAAUUAACUACACUGGGAGUUUAAUGUGCUAAUCCAGGAAAUCAUUAAUAUCACACGGGGAAAAAAAAAAAAAAAAGGAAAAAAAAAAAAAGUAGUGCUUCUUGGCUCACUGUAUGAAUUUCAAAGAUGAUGUUCCACAGAGUUUGAUUCCUAUCCUGUGGUCCCCUUUGAAAGUGCCUGGUUUUUAUGUUUUGGUGCACAAAGUAGGACUGCCUUUGCAGUCCACACAGAAAUGGCUACUGUAAUAGUUUUGAUUAAAACAUCAGCAUUUGCCAAUAGUGCUGUUGUAAUCACCAGUUGUACUCUUCUGUUUAAAAUCAAAGAGAUUUCUGUUGAUCUUUUAUUAAACAAUUUUCUGAAGAGGUGCUUUAUUGCUAGAGUAGUCUGGCAUAGGAUAAAUAGCCUUGGAUCACAUUACCCAUUGAAAAUAUCAUUUUUAUAUAAUAAUUUCAUUGAAGUAUAUCUAGAACUACAUACUUGGCAGCUAAAACAAGGAAUAUUGCAAUAAAGAUGCAACUCCCAUUUAAGGAACAAUAAAAGUUUUUUAAGCUUAA